AUAUAUCCUGACCGUGAAACUCUCAACGCUUCCUUAUACUGCCUGCCGCAUGAUUUAUCUAGUCGUGUCGGAUCUAGUUUGCAAGUUAUUACUGUUGCCCAAUGGUUUAUCUAGAAUGCAUUUGUCAAGUAGAGGUUAUGGAUUUUUACCUAUAAAAAAAAAUGAUUUUGUUGUGCAAUUGUUAAAAUAUUUUCAUAAUGCUAUCUCCAACUGAAAAAAAAAAAAAAAAAAAAAAAACGGAAAAAGAAAAAAUUUUUAUUGUGCAGAAAUAUCUUCAUAAUGCUAUCUUGAGCGAUGCGCAUAUUGUAGUGGCGGGAAACCAUCAAUAAUUUCAACAAUUUUAUUAUAUUUAAAAUUACUUUUAAUUUUAUUAUAAUCAAAAUAAUAUUUUCCAAUACCUGUUUUUUUACAAAUUUAUUAAAAAAAAAUAUCUGCUUCAAACUUUUGUUUAUAUUUUUUACUUCUGUUCAUUUUUCUAUUAAUACUUUUGACGUCCGUCUAUUUUUAAGCCAGUACAUAUACCCCCCUAAGUUCUAACCAUAGAAAAAAAUAAAAAUAAAAAUAAAAAUCUAACCAGACCCAAAAUCCAAAUUCGGAAUUUCACUAUUCGGCAGCAUCAUCAAGUCGACGAUGCCAUAAAUUCACUCAAACCAAUCCACCAAUGGAUUUUCACUUUUCAAGUUUAAUCACUCCCAAAUCUCUCCAAUCCAAUGCAUCCCAACCUCCUCCGCGCCACUUCCCGAAUCGCAGCCCUCGCAAAGUCAGGCAACAUCACACACGCCCGCAAGGUGUUCGACGAAAUGCCUCAAAAAGACACAAUUGCAUGGAACGCCAUCAUCACAGCCUACACUCAUCUCGGCUUCCACAAAUCAGCCAUUUCACUCUUCGCCGCCAUGGACGUCACCCCCGACCACUUCACCUACACCGCAGCAUUGAGCGCCAGCGCCGCCUUAAAGUCCGUAAGCCUCGGCCGGCGGCUCCACGGCCUCGUCGUCGUCUCCGGCUGGUCCUCGUCGUCGCCGGUGAACAAUGCACUUAUCGAUGUCUACGGGAAAUGCUCAAGCGUUAAGGAGGCGAAGAAAGUAUUCGACGAGAUGGGAUCGACGAGGAACGACGUCUCGUGGUGUUCAUUGCUGUUUGCGUAUUUGAAUUCCGGCCUUCUCGACACUUCUAUCGUGGUUUUCGAUUGCAUGCCGAGACGGGUGACGGUCGCGUGGAACACGGUUAUAGCUGGAUUUGCGAAGCGGGGCGAGGUCAAGUUGUGUUUGGCGUUGUUUCGGGAGAUGUUGGAGGAUGGUCGUUGCGGCGCGGAUCGGUGGACGUUGAGCUCGGUUAUGAACGCUUGCGGCGAAAUGAGCGAGCCGCAGUUCGGUUAUACGGUGCACGGUUUGAUUGUUCGGAUGGGUUGGGGUAGUGCCGCGGAGGUUUAUAACUCGGUUCUUAGUUUUUACGUGAGAUUCGGCGACAAAAAUGAUGUCUUGAAGGCCGUCGAGGCGGUUGGAGUUCGAAGGCUUGGCGUGGUUUCACGGAACGCAAUUAUCGAUGCUUAUAUGAAGAUAGGCGAUAUUGAGAACGCGUAUAUCACGUUUCGAAGCGUGCCUGAGAGGAAUGUAAUAUCGUGGACGUCAAUGAUUACGGGAUUUAUGAGAAACGGGCAGGGAGAGUGCGCGCUAAAGUUUUUUGUCGGUAUGACGAGAAACGGGAUUCGUCCGGAUGAAGUUGCGACAGGAGGUGUAUUACAUGCUUGCUCAACAACGGCGAUGCUCGGGUUCGGUAGAGUAGUUCACGGCAUCGUGGUUAAGUCCGGUUUCCACUCCGAUACCUACGUCGGGAAUAGCGUGGUGAACAUGUAUGCGAAGUGCGGCGAUAUCGUCAAUUCGGACAAGGCCUUCGACGAAAUUCUCGACAAGGACUUGGUUUCGUGGAACACGAUGUUGUUCGCGUUAGGAAUCCACGGGCGUUCCAACGAGGCUCUCGAUAUUCUACGCAAAAUCGUGGCUUCGGGGUUGAAUCCGGACGAGGUGACGUUCGUCGGGUUAUUGACGACGUGUAGUCACUUGGGGUUGAUCGAAGAAGGCCUCGGAAUCUUCGCAUCGAUGGCUACACAGUACGGAAUUUCGCAAGAGAUCGAUCAUGUCGCUUGUGUGGUCGACAUGUUGGGUCGGGCCGGAGAGCUGAAGAAAGCGGGAGAAGUCGUGAGCAAAUACGUUGAAGAUAUCGACGGUACCGUAAAGGAAGUUCUUUUCGGUUGUUAUGCUCGUCGGGAUGACUUAUCGACGGGAUGCGCCGUCGAGUUAUCCGAGCAGCUUCGGAUCGCGAAGCCUAACGACGAAAUGAGCUACGUCGUGCUGUCGAACUUGUAUUGUUCGACGGGACAGUGGAAACAAGCACAGGCUUUAAGGAAAUCUAUGGUAGAAAAGGGUGUUAGGAAGAUACCUGGCUGUAGUUGGAUCGAAAUCGCGAACCGAGUAACUCCAUUUGUCGCGGGAGACACCGCGUCGACGAUGGGCGGGGACGAGCUACGAUCGAUGCUACGCGUUCUCGAACACGAGACGAGGCGAUCGACGUCGAUUCUGUGCUUCGACUGGGUUCUUCGGAAGUGUUCGACUAAAUUACUGACUGUAUGAACAACUCGGAUGCUCUUUCAACUCGAUCAUACCUGGUUGGAGGUCUCGGAAGUUCGAUCGCGAGAGGAGAAUAAUCUGAAGUAGGUAUGGUUGACGAGUGCCGCGAGUCCAAGCCCAGCGAUCGACGAAAUCAGGAUGGCAUAAGUCGCUUCUACGCGAAGCUGUUCGAUCAAACACGGACUGUUAGAUAAUUCCAACCAGAUGUUGAAAAAUGUUAUAAAGAAACGAGUAAUGGACGUAAUAAAUGUUUUGAUUAUGAAAGUCGAGCAGCGUAAGAUUUCUCACCAACGCGUAAAGAACGUGGAGUAAAACGGCGACAAGAACAAACUCGAUAGCUGCGUAAGCCCAUAGGAAUUCCCCGACUGGUGCAUCGAGACAAAAGUGUGUUUCAGAUCGACAUUUUAUGGCGAAUUUACGUUGUAGCAUCCAUUUUUCAUACCUAGAAUAACUGCAAGAAUUGAUGCCGUAAAAGCCAAUGUGAACGCGCAUGGCGCUGCCACUGCAAGCGUUCGGUUCUUCAUCUCCUGUAUCUAUAAAUGUAGCGACGCCAUUAAUAAAAUCGAAACGUUUUCU